AUGGGUCUUGCAGAGCUCCCAACGGAGCUGCUCUGGCUCAUUCUCGAGCGCUUGCAUUGCCCAGCUGAUCUUCAUUCGGCCUUUUGCGCAUCGCCUUUUCUCCUCCAGGCCUACCUUGCCGCCCGAGAACGCAUCAUCGCGGCCGUGCUUGCACGCGUCAUUUUCCCUGUGGCGCAACGCCAUGCCAUUGCUACCACAGAAGGGCCGGUAGCCCCGAUGGAGGAACAGCUUGGAGAGCUGUGGGAUUUCCUUGACGGGUAUUUCGACGACGAAGAGCAUGACAGGCCGACUACCUUCCCAGGCAACCGGCUGACGCUGAUGAACCUGAUGUGGCUACACGCUCAAAUCGAGCAGCUUGUGGAGCAGUAUUACGAGGAGGCAAGGGAGUACUUCAUCAUAUUUCUCAAGCGGCAGGCCGGCAGCCAAUUUCUAGAGCGGCCGGCAAAGUUCGCGGAACUUUCCAGAACAGAAAUAGCGAGGUUUCAAAGGGCCUUUUACCGUUUCGAACUCUACUCGCGGUGCUUUGGGGUGUCUGCAAAGGAUAAGUGGGUGAACAAUUCCCUAGUGGAAGCACAUCAUGAGCAUUUUCUUGGCCGGCUUGAGCCAUGGGAAGUGGAGGAAAUGUGCUGUGUGCAUCAAUUUCUCAUGAGUCAAAUUGCUGCCAUCCUCGUGAGAAUGCAAGAUGAAAUGGUUGCCAUGGUAUUGAGCCACCAGGUUAAGCCUACAGGACACGAUGCCGCUGGGGAUUCUUUGAUCCAUACAGACGACGUCUUGGUCCGUUCAGAAACACGUCUUGCUCCGGAUGAUCGGGCCUCACUGUCCUCUUCUCACCGGAACCCAAGCCAAGGGCAACAGAGCUCUCAGGACAUACUCAAAGACAGUGUUCCCGAUGAUGACGACCUUUGCGAAUAUGAGGGGUCGGGUGGAUCGGAAUUGAGGCUGUUCUCGUCACAUGAAAGAAUAUGGUUCUAUCAUUGGGUGUCCGACGCUACAUUUUUCGGUUUGAUGCACAUCAAAGGGUUUCUUGAUUCCCCCCGAGAUGCGCAAUACGAUCUUUUUCUACGCAAUGCCAGGAAAAACAGAACCUUUUUGCCCAACGUCCUGAUCAAUGUAGAUUUCAACGCCCUGGGAGGAAUUGCCCUGGGAGAGGAUGAGCCUGAUAUCCCCUCACCAGCUACAUCAGAAGAAGAUGAAAACCAUCAGGAUAGCCGAAACAAUCACGAAGACCUCUCAUCUCCAAAUCUCGGGUAUGAAAUGUUCAAAGACGGGCCCGGUUAUCCCACUAUUCCUUUUUUCGACAAUAAGUUCUGGCCUCUCCGGCGCCUGGGAUACGUGUUCUGGGAUUCGUCGAGGGUCCUUGAACCCAGCUUUCGGGAAUGUCUUGUUGACGCGCGCGACGGCGAUGACAGGGAUUUUGAUGUCACCAAGAAGCCCAGCGCCGAGGAGGUCCUCAAGGGCGUUAAGCUCCCCAAACGUGCCAUGGACGAAAUUCGACGGAAAUAUGGUAUCUGGCCCUGGGAGAGGGAAUGA